UCGGCCAAGCCAGUAUUGGUUCUUUGCCGGCAAUGGUUGACAUGUGGAACAAGUAUGGUGCUUACCACCACAACUCCGUCAAUAUAGGCAUACACAUGAUGUGUGUGCCAAUCAUCCUAUUCUCAAGCUUCGCCAUGGCCACAAACUCAGGCAUUUUGAUCCCGAUACCCAAGACUCUCACAAUCCCAUACCUCGAGUCCAACCUCGCCACCAUCGCCGCGUUGACAUGGGGUGGGUUAUACGUACUCCUUGAGCCAGUAGCAGGGACUCUGUUGGCCUUGCUAUGCCUGGCCGCGGCCGCUGGCGCUAACGCAGCACAUGCUGUGAACCCCGGCCUCACGACCAAAGUUGCCUUUGUCGUACACGUCGUUGCGUGGAUAUUUCAAUUCAUCGGCCACGGAAAAUUCGAGGGUCGAGCUCCCGCCUUACUGGACAACCUGGUCCAAGCCAUAUUCCUUGCGCCGCUGUUCGUCUGGCUAGAGCUGCUCUUCAAGUUCGGUUACCGACGGGAGCUCCAGGACCGAGUCGACAAGGCUGUUCAGAAAGAGAUUGCUAAGUUCAGGGCUCAAAAGGCCAAUGGUUCUCAGAAGAAUGGAAAGGCUCAAUGAAUAUCCGCCGAGAAACCUGCCAGGAGCGCGAGGGAAGUUAAGGAGGAUGGUGUUUGAGGAAGAUGGAUGGAUAUGCUCGCAUA